UUCCUCGCGAGUGCGAGAGAGACGGCGCUACCGGCGACGUGCUGCCCCACCUUUCGAUAAUCGUAAUCGGAGUGCCGCCGCGCCGCGGCACGGCAAGGCAAGACGAGGAGGCGACACGCAGUCACGCAGUCGCACUCCGUCACUCCGACACUCCGCCUCGAAAUGUGGAAGAUAGUGCUUCUCCUGGCCGCCCUGUCCUCGGCGCAGGGCUCCGAGACAUGGGACAAGCCCGGACUUGAGCCUUCGGAGGCGAGACCCAUCCCACAGGACCUGUCCGGCCUGCGCAUCGUGGGCGGCGACGAGGCCGCCCCGGGCCAGUUCCCCCACCAGGUGGGCAUCUGGAUCCUCCUGGGACGCAGCAGGAACUUCUGCGGGGGCUCCAUCAUCUCGGACAGGGUGGUCGUCACCGCGGCCCACUGCGCCACUCGCGGCACCAACUUCACCGUGGUGGCCGGCGCGCACGCCAUCCUGGACGAGAGCGAGCCCAGCCGGCAGGAGGUGCAGGCGGACGCCAAGCUGGUGCACGAGCGCUUCAACAAGGAGGAGCAGCUGGCCAACGACAUCGCGCUGCUGCGCCUCGAGAAGCCCCUUGUGUUCAACGACCGCGUCCAGCCCGUGCGGCUGCCGCGCGCCGCCCACAAGUCCUUCUGGCGCUCCAAGGUGCUCAUGAGCGGAUGGGGCCACAACACGACCGACGCGGAGGACAUCUCGCCCAAGCUGCGCUUCGUGCAGAACCGCGUGGUGUCCAACCUGUACUGCCGCGCGCGCUACUUCAUGAAGCACGUCAGGGACUCCAACAUCUGCGUGUCCGGCUGGUGGAAGAAGGGGACCUGCCAGGGCGAUUCGGGCGGCCCCAUGGUGGUCACCGAGUCCGACGGCAAGCCCACCCUGGUGGGGCUCACCUCCUUCGGCAUCAAGUUCGGCUGCGAGGUGUCCUGGCCCAACGUGUUCACGCGCGUCACUUCGUACCUGGACUGGAUCCGCGAGGGCAUGGACAAGCUGAGCGGGAAUUAAAGCGCCACGCGCCACGCUCACGCCUGGCUGCGACGCAGCAACGAG